CAGGAGGAGAAGGGAGGGAUCCUAGACGUUGCCCAGAAAUCGCAGCAGCGGAGUAAAGUUAAUACUUACUCAGUUUCGCAACUGCGCCGCCCCCGCAGGCCGCCCGCCCAGGCCGGCCGGGGCGCUGAGGACGCGACGGCGUCCGAAGCUCGGCGGCCGCCCAGCUCCUGUCCCGGCCGUGCCGCCCGGCGCGCCUCCCUCCGCCGCACUCGGCGGGCCGCACGCCCCGCACCGGCUGGAGGCCCCGGCUCCCGGCGCGUCCUCUCGGCGCACCUCCCGGCCAGCGCUAGGUGAGUGUGGACGCCCCUGGCUGAGCUGCCGCGUUGUGGGAGCGCGCGGGCAGCGGCUGUGCCGCCCGCAGGAGCCGCCCCCAGCGCCGCCGCCGCUGCCGCGGUUGGUCUAGCGAGGCUCGGCGAGGAGCGGGGCGGCGAGCGUUGUGCCGGACGGUGGAGUUGGCGGCCGGCUCGCUCCCGCGGCCGGUGCCUCUGGGCUGGGGGCCGGGCUGGGGGCCGGGCCGGGCUCGGGCACCCGGGCGGCUCCGCCCCUUCGCCGGGCCGCGGGUAGAGCGCGCGAGAGGAGCGGCGCGGGGGCGCCCCCCUCGGCCGGGCGCUCGGGUUACAGCCCCGGCUCUCCGGCUUCCCCGCCCGCUCCUUGCCGGUUCACUCGCGCCGUGAGAGACAUUGUAACGGAACUGGGACGCCAGCGCUGCAUUGUGGGAGCUUUUAAAGCGGCGGGGAGCGCGGCGCAGCCGCUCGGGCCCACCGGGCCAAGCUCACCCCGGCGCCCCUAGCUCGGCCCCGCCGCCGCUCGCCCCAUCACACACCCCCGACCACCGGGGCCUAUGGACCAGAAAAGCCAGAAAUGGUGAGGUGACCAGUGCCUAUUGACUCUCACAGGAGCAAAAUCUUCCAGAGCUCCGGGUGAGACUUGUAAAACUGCCCUCUACGGUCAUGUCGGAAAGUAGGAGGCUUAUUCUGCAGACGCUUAAAAAAGGAAAGAAAACAAAACAAAACCUUCCAUCCUCCACGGACUGGGUUUGAAUUGCUUUUCAUCUGGAGUGGCAGUGAUUCAGCGACCCCCUUCUCAGCGGCAGGCAGUGACAGAGACAGGAGAUGAAAAACACAGCAAAUGAAUCAGACGCAUUUCAAGAGAUCAGAGAUAGCCUGGCCACUCAGAAGCAUCAUCCCAUCCAUUAGGAAGAGAACCCAAAUUAAGGAUUCCACCGAUUCCAAAAAAGCAACAGUCUGGAAAAGAAGUCAGUGCUUCAGAGGUGAUCUGAAUCCAGGAAGAAAUUCAAGAUGCUUAUAAUAAAAAAACAGCAUAAGUGACCUGUGGACCUCCACUACUUAGAGGAGCUCCUCUCUGAAAAGCCCAACAAUAGAAUAUUCAUCAGAAGAACAGCAGUUGGAGCCCAGAGGGAGACAAUGGAAGGCUAGGACCAGGGGCCCAAGUUAGAGGGGAAGCUCCUUCAAUAUGGGUCAAACUGUGAAGACAUGUGGAGGAAAGCUGGGCAGAAUCUCAACAGCUGCCAACACAAAGCUGCCAAACCGUGAGCAAGAAAGAAAAGAGACUUUUCUUCUAGCCAAGAUGAAAGACAUGCAAGCCAGUCAGAAAACUUCAGUGGCCUUGCAGAGUGAAGUCCAUGAGCAGGAAGAUAAAAUGGAGAAUCAAGCACAAAGAGAAGACACACAUGAUGGUCGCCCAGUGACACAGCGAUCUUUAGUACAUUUUUUUCCGCAAACAGAUUCAGAUGCCACACUGCCUUUGUCACAGUCAUUAACCUAUGACACACCUCUCAGUUACUAUAUGUCUGACCCUCAGUUUAGUGGAAUAACUGUAUCAACAACUGGGCAGAACACUCCUAAAACUACUAUAGAGGGCCAUUCCCAAUCAGCAAACAGCUUGGGAGUCAACAGCUUCAUAAUGACAAAGAAACAGCCUCUGUCAGUCCUUGCUCCUGAGACAGCUGUAACUGGGGAAGGAGAAGAUUAUUUCCUAUCUUUGUUUGGUGAUUCAAAGAAAUUUGCUGCAUGCUCAUUCCAGGCAGAGAACACCCAGAAGCACUUUUCCAUGAUUCUUGAAGAAGUGGGCCAAUCUAGAUCCAGUGCUCUUGGAGACAUUAAAAUAGCUGAAGUAAAUGUCAAGGGUUUAUUCGUGAAGCUCAUUAACUCUUCCCUUGACAAAGAACUGGAGAUUGGAGGUCAUAUUCUCCAGCAAAAUGUGAAUGGACAAACAGUCUCUUUGUACCGCUUCCUUCCAAAUAUCAUAAUGCAGGCCAAUCGCACAGUAACAGUAUGGGCAGCUGCAUCUGAAGCAAAGCAUCAGCCACCAUCAGAUUUUCUUUGGAGAGAACAAAAAAUGUUUAAAACAAGCCCAGAUUGUACAACAAUUCUGUGCAAACCUAAUGGUGAAGCUGUCGCCUGGUACACUCCUAUUCACUGGAAACAAGUGUGGGAGAAAUUAGAGACUGACAUUGAAUUUGACAGAUGCUCAAUAGUAAGUCCAACGUCUCGAAGACACAUAUUUCAUUGGCCAACAGCUAUAUCUACAACUAAAGAAAAACAAGACAAGUCUAAUAAGGAUACCUCAAAAAAUCAGAUGGAACAAGUUAGAGUUUUUCUUAAAAGAGAAAAAGAAAACCCACCAACCCUUUUUCCUAAUAGCAGUCCUUGGUGCCACAGUCCCAAUGUCCCUGCACAUCCCUACUGUCCUCUGAUUGAACCUCACAAUACCAGCAUGGCUGGAAGCAGCUUAGAUAGACAGCCUAGGCCUCAGUCAUCUGGGUCUGAUCCAGCCCAGGGACCACGAAAAAUAAGACAUCUGAGUUACAAAAGCAAUAGGCAACGAACUUAAAGAUUGCUCACAGCAUAAUUUGGAUAUGUCGUCAGAUUAAAAGACUCCUUCCCCAUCAUGGGUGAUGAUGAAGGGAGGACAAGAGUACACAGAAAGAACACCCUGUCCUGCCACACUCCAUGUCAUCCUCUGCCAGAGUGUGGGAGAGCUGGCACUGAGAGCCAGAGCUGGAGAAGCUGGGUCUGCCUCCUUAUCCCCUCUCCCCCAACCUCUUCUGGGAACCAGUGUCUGUAAACUCCCAGAGCUUGGAAAGGAUUAGCAAGCAUCCUAGUACGUGCCUUCUUUCUCCCUGCCCUUUCCUCCUCCUCUCAGACCCUGAUCUCUUUAUUCGGUGGAGUGAAUCUGGAGGCACUGUCUCCACACAUCCCUAAUAGUGCUGAGAGGUGAGGAGAGCAGGUGCAGUGGGUGACAAGGAUGGUGUUUUAGUCACUUUCUAUUCACCCCACUGUCAAGGGAGAGAUUCCCAUCCUAGGGUUCUGAGGAUGGCCAAAUAUCUGAUACCCAGAAUUGGGCAGAUGAAAUCAACAGCAGUUUCUGAGUCAUGUGCCCUCAUAGCCAAGGGAAGGAGGACACAGAGCCCCACGCAGGGCCACAUGAAGGGUGCAUGCAGAUGUAGCAUGAACAACCAGGGAGGAUGGGAAGUAGGUUUUGUAGUGUCAAGAGGGUAAGGUGCCCUCUGGUUCCCACAGUGGGAUAUGAUUGGCUUGUUUGAAUAAUUCCACAGGCUGGCAAGAAACUAAAACCCAUUAGUGAGAGAUAAGCAGAGACUGUGUCUGGUCCCCUUGAUAAGGAGGGUUGUUUGGCUGGGGGGCCUUAUCCGUGAGAGCAGAGUGGGGAGGGGAACUUGCAGUCCAGCCAUUCAAGACCUUCCCAAUUGUACCAGCUGUCAGUUUUAGGCUGUAUAUCACAGAAGGUGAGUACAAAGGGGAGUCUGUGGAAAACAGCUUUUGGCAUACACAAGUAGAUGAAGAACGAGUUAAAAACUUGAGAAACAAAGUCUAUCAUGCAAGCCAGAUGUUGUUCUUCAAAGCCAGAAGUAGAGCAUGAUGUUCAAGAGGCUUCUAUAAAACAAUGCUCUGCUCCCACGUCUCCAAAUAGUGAAAUAUUAGCUUGUUUUGUUUUGUUUUUUUCUUCUUUCAUAAGAACCUUGAGAAUUUUGUUUGCUUUUUAUUAAACUAGGUAACUAUUUGGGAGAAAAUAUAUUGCUAGGGUUAUAUAAAAUAUAUAUAUGGAAAGCACAUGAAUCAUAAAGUCUUGCAUCAAUGCAAGGUCACCCUUUCAGCACACUAAAAAUAACAAGAACUCCACUUUAACUCAGAACUUAUUGUGCACUUUACCCACGUCACCUCUUGGUUCAUUCUCCUGCCUGCCCUAUAAGCCACAUGUUAUCCUCAGAAGGGAAUAAGUCAUAAGAUCAGUAACUACUAAAUGCCAGAGCAGGGAUUUUGUUUCAAGUAUGCAUAGAUCUAAAUAUAAUUAUUUGAAGCUUUACUAAUAUGUGUCUAGUCUGGCAAAUGAAGAAUCAUACUGUAUCUUUAACUCUAUAGUAAAGUUAAGGAGACCAGUCAUUCAGUCCUCUAGUCAUUCAGCAGGUAAUGUGUGCCAGGCAUUGUCCCCAGAGAAGUUAAGGCCCAUAGCUUCAUAAUUCAAAGAUAGUGUGGAAAUAUGGAUGUCCAUUUCUGACCCUGAAGAAGUAACAGGCUAGAUCUACCAUCACACACACACACACCUUAAAAACUAAAAAGUGAAGGGGUACCUGGGUGGCUCAGUCAGUUAAGCGUCUGACUUUGGCUCGGGUCAUGAUAUUGGUCUGUGAGUUUGAGCCCCGCAUCGGGCUCUUGUGCUGACAACUCAGAGUCUGGAGCCUGCUUCAGAUUCUGUGUCUCCCUCUCUCAUUGACCCUCCCCCAUUCAUGCUCUAUCUCUCUGUCUCAAAAAUAAAUAAACAUUAAAAAAAAUUUUAACUAAAAAGGGAUGAACAAAAUAUGCAAAACAAUGGUCUUUAGACACUAGACAACAAGUGGUGGAGAGCAGUGAUCCUGUAGAAAAGGAAAACAAACAAGGGAGCCCCAUGAUAGCCCUAACUCACUGCCUGGUUUCCAGGCCUCAGCACCCAAAGAGGGAACCCAAACAAAGCUCAGAAGUCUCCCUGAGUUGAGGAGAGAGAGUUGAGAAUUUGGAGAGGCCAUGGCAGCUACAAGUCACAGGGCACUAGAGCACUAGAGAGGAGAGAGCCGAGUGGAGAGGAGGGAGCCACAAAAAGAGAAAUUUCUAGAGAUUUCUUGAGGGUUCCUCUUGCAUCUUAAAUUAAACACUGAUCAGCGUGUGCUGUGGAGAAACUACUAAGGCCAGAAAAGGACCACCUCAAGGAACAGACGGGGUGAUUCGUGGGGCUCACAAAUGACUGGGAGGAAUCUGUGUUCCCACCAGGCAGAGUGGAAAAACCCUGUAAUAUGCAGAGCAUCAGAUAGGGAACACAGAAGAGCACUGCCUUGGCUGUGAGCCUACAGGCUGCUCUGGUCCCACCUAGCAAGACUCAAAAGAAAGCCUCCAAGGAUCAAACUAUGUUCCAGUAACUUAACUGCAGAAAAAAGCACAAGAACAUUUAAAGGAAUAUUACAAUAUCCAAUAAGCAAAAAGGCAAAAUUCAUAUCAGGAAUCCAAUAAAAAAAAUUACUAAGUAUGCCAAAAGGGGGGUAAAACAACCCCUUAUGAGAAGAACAAAAUAAUUAUCCAAGGGCAACAGUCCCAGAAAUGGCACAGAUGAUAGAAUUAAUCGACACAGACAUUAAAACAAUUAUAAGAAAUAUAUUCCAUAUGUUCAAGAAGGUAGAGAAAAAAUUGAGCUUGUUAAGAGGAGACAUGGAUGAUAUGAAAAAGAUUCAAAUUAAACUUUUAAGGCAUGAAAAAUACAGAGGAUUGUUUUUUGGGUGUCCCGGGCCCACCCACAUAUUGGAUCACUCACUAGAAUGGCUCAGAAGGCUCAUUACCACAGUGGGAGUGUAAUCAGACCUAUGAUUUGUUACAGCACAGCCAUACUCAGCAGGCCCCACAAAGGAAGAAGACAUAUAGGUGGAGUCUGCAGGAAUUCAGGCACAGGCUUCCAAAGCUCUCCCUCUGGGGCCGGAGGGGGUAAAGAAUGGAGGACUAGCCACACAGAACAUGCUCCUUCCUCCCAACAAAAUUCAGUAUUUCUUCCCAGGGAAGCCUGCUUAAGAUAAAGUCCAAGGUUUUCACUGGGGGAUGGUCAUGUUGGCACCCUCUACAACUACCGAAACUCCAGACUCCUAGUAGGAAAGCUGGUGUUCACUAUAAAUACGUCAUCUGUACAAUUAAUCUAUGUUUAGGCAAGCUGGUACAGCAGGGAGUUCGCCAGUGGGCAAAAGAGCCUUAUCAAUGUAGGGAAUAUUCCAAAGCCAGGUUCCAAGGUGGCACCCAAGGGCCAGCCCUCCUAAGUAGGUCCUUCUAAAAGGUAUGCAAAGUUUCCUACACAGAUGAGAUUGACGCCAGAGUGGACACUGCUGAAGAAAAGAUUAGUGUACAAUAGAAGUUAUGCAAAACUAAAGUGAGUGAAUAUGAUGACCCCUGAGUUUCCGCCUUGGACCAUUUAGAAAAUGGUGGCACGGAGGCACCAGGGUGGCUUAGGCUGUUAAGCGUCCGACUCUUCAUUUUGAUUCAGGUCAUGAUCCUGUGGUUCGUGAGUUCAAGCCCCACCUUGGGCUCUGCCCUGACAGCGUGGGGCCUGCUUGGGAUUCUCUCUGUUUCCCUCUCUCUGCUUCUCCCACCCCCUCUCAAAAUAAAUAAACUUACAAAAAAAAAGAAAUGGUUGCACUAUGAACAUAGGAGAGAGUUACUGGCUUUCUAUAAUACUUCUUUUUUUUUUAACGUUUAUUUAUGUUUGAGACAGAGAGAUACAGAGCAUGAACAGGGGAGGGUCAGAGAGAGAGGGAGACACAGAAUCUGAAACAGGCUCCAGGCUCUGAGCGGUCAGCACAGAGCCCGACGCAGGGCUCGAACUCACGGAUCGUGAGAUCAUGACCUGAGCGAAAGUUGGACGCUCAACUGACUGAGCCACCCAGCCGCCCCUCUAUAAUACUUCUUAAAAUACAAUUUGUGAACAAGCAAGCACUAAAUUAACCCUCUGCACAGUUUUGUGUAGUCACCAAGCACUAGCCAGAUCUUUAUUUGAGUGUUUAUUUCUGAACUAGCCAUAAUUAAAAGCGUGAUAAGGAUAUUUCCAUAUAACCAAAAACCAAGCUAUUAAAUAUUAGAGUAAAUGGCCUCCAUCAGAAAUAAUCAAAGGAAAAAAAGAAUAUGAAAGGAUACAAUGUAUGAGUUAAUAAGAAUGAGGGAAGAAACAUUCAUCUUCAGCAUAUAAGGCAUUUCCAAUACAAUUAUCUGAUUUAAUCUCCAUGACAAUUUAAAACAUAAGAAUUAUUUUCCAGAUGAGAGAAUUGGGGUUAGGGGAGGCUUAGUAAGUGCUACACAAGAAAAGAGUAGAUUCAAUGGAGCAAAAAUACAAGGCCAUAUCCCUGUCUCCAAGCCUUUGUUCCUUCCGUUGCCCUCUGUUUUUAUUUCAACUGAGGAUGAACAGAAUGAAAGAGGCAGAGUUUUCUAACAAAUAGGAAAAUAGCAGUCUUGAAAUGCAUAUGGAGUCAUCAGCACUGAAGGAGGUAGCAUGCCAGUUGACAGGAAGGGAGUAGAACAAAAGUGAUUUCCAAGGCCUGUAAUAGCCCUAACCUCUGCCCUGUCAUGUCCCUCCUGCAGAAACAGUAAAUUAGUUAACUCUAUUCCUCCUACAGAAUUUUUUUUAUCUCUAGAGCUUUAUCCCUGUAUCCCUAAUUCUAGCAUAAUGAAAACCAUAAGGCAAAGAUGGGAAAUAUGCAACAGCUCCACCCUUUCACAUAAGGGAGAUAUUGUUUGUACAUCACGGUUCUUUUCUCCUCUAAACCCAGAUGCGACCUCCGAAUCCUCAAUACACCAUUCCAGGCAGUCAUUCCCAGCAAUUGCAAGUAGAGCUCAGAAUAAAACUUCCUUGCCAUCUUUACCCUGGGGAUCCUCUGUUACAACAUAGUGGUUAGAGCUCAGUCUCUAGAACUUGGCAGCCCAGGCUCAGAUGCUGGGUCCACCACUUACUAAAUCUGUGUGAAUGUGAAUAAUGAACUUAACCACUCUCUGAUUCCACCUCUGUAACUGGGGGAGAGUAAGGGUAUCCACCUACCUCAGAAGGUUCUGUAAGAAUUAAAUAAGUUGAAGUAAAUGUAAUAUUUAGACUAGAACCUGGUACAGGGUAAGCCCUGUAUGCCUUACUUGUUGUUGUUGUUGUUACUGCUAUCAUUAUUAAAACCAGAGAGAUGAGGCUUCGAUAAUUUGGGCAACAUGCAGAGAGAGAAGGGGGCUGAAGGCAUUGGACACCUAAGCAAGAAGAGGAAUAAAAGAAAAGCAAAUGGAAUAAAUCCCUUGUACAGUUUUACUUAUUCUCAGUCCCGCUUAUAAGGAUAAUUAAAGGAUUAAGGAGGUGUGAACUAGACCAUCCCUCAAAGACUUUCCUAUCCCUCUAAAUUCUAUAACAUUUUUGAAACGGGAAAGGGAACCUUAUACAAAAAUUCUUAUCUAAAACAUCCUAGAUGUCCAACAACAAAGUAUUAGGUUCGGUAAAAACUCUGACCUAUCCAGGCAAUGAAAGACUGAAUGUCUCCAUAAAAAGGCAUGUUUCAUAAUACUUAAUAACUUAGGAAAUAUCUCAUAAUAUAUUAAGUUAAACAAUAACACUCCAAAUCAUAUAUAAGAUAUGUGUGAGUUUUAUAAAGUGUAUACAAGUAUUAAUACAGUAUAUUUGAAAAACAUUCUACAUGUAUACAUAGUGUAUAUAUAUAUAUAUAUAUGUAUAUAUAUAUAACUAUAUUAUGCACACAAAUGUAUAAUAUAUAAAUAAAACUAUGUGUGAAAUAUGUACAUAUCCUAUCCAUAGAAAACAUGAGCAGACAUACAACAAAAUGUUAUUUGUAUGGUAGGAUUAUUGCCAAUUCUUAAUUUUCAUUCAUGACUAUAUUCAUCACAUUACCAGAUAAGCAUAUAUUACUUUUAUUUAGAUUUUUAAAAUGUUUAUUUAUUUUGAGACACACACACACACACACAGAAUCCCAAGCAGGCUUCGUACUGUCAGCGCAGAGCCCAGCACAGGGCUAGAUCCCACAAAUCAUGAGACCAUGACCUGAGCAGAAACCAAGAGCUGGAUGCUUAACGAACUGGGUCUCCCAGGCGUCCUUAGAUUUUUUUUUUUUUUUUGCUUUAACUAUAUAUUUACAGUUGGUCAAAAUGCCAAACGUUUGUUAGAUAAAGCUGGUAUUUUUUACUUGGCCUUAACAAGUUGCUAAUUCAAAAGAUAUAUCCUAUUAGUGAAGACAGACAAAAUAAUGUCAUUCACAUAAUUCUGCUCCACAAAAAUCCCAAGUUAAUUCUUUUCUAUAUAAUCUAGAGAAAAUUUAUUUUUUCUGAAUAAUUAUGUCUAGCCUACAUUUUCUUGUAUCAGACCAAAGACAUUUUUUCCCCAAAGCCCACAGGUCCCAUGCUCAAACUUGAAACAGCGUUUCCCAACUUUUGGUCUAAAUGACUAUUUAUAACAUCAGGUGCCAGCAUUUCUAAACCUGAAUAUCCCACCACAACUUGGCCCCAGUCCCCUGGAAAACAGAGUGUGAUGUAAAGUUUAGAUGCUACCACUCUUGCUCCCAGGGCAGCAGGAAUGAGGGCAAAGGGGGAGGGAGACAGGGAAGGAGAGAAAUUGAGCACAAGGCAGUGGUCAUGGCUCCACAAGAAGACCUAAUCCAUUGCUUGACCAUACAGAUGUCUCUGGAAAUGCCAUCUGGAACCACUGAGCCUCAGAAGAGUUGAUCCGUGGGAGGAUGAGAGAGGGAUUUAUGUUCUGGCUGUCUUCAGUUUUAUGUUCAAAUGUACUGCACAAAGCAGCUCCUCCCCCUUUCUCCCAGGCUGCAUUUUUCCAGCCCCUUGGGGCAGCUGCUGGGGAAGCCAAAUCUCCUGUCCCAUAACAUGUACCUUCCUCUGAACCCAGAAGUGGCAGCAGGAACCAGCACCUUUGUGAGAGACUUGGUCAGACAGGGAUGCAUGAGGAGCCCUCCUAGGAAAGGCUGAGAUAGCAGGUAGUGACAUGUGGCCAAGGACCCUCACUGAGCAAAGUUGCCAAGGCCUGAGGGGCAAUGCGUGGAGUGAGUUGGGAGAUGCAUGAAUGAGUAUGGUGCAGCCACUAGGCCUGGUCAAUCAGCCUCAGGUCGCAAUUUCCUCAUUUCUUACAGUCUUAAGAAUGGAACUGCCACGUCUAAUAUGAGGGCUUCACGAGGACUGCUUUGAAUUAACUCAACUUUGCCUACCAGGUGUGACUUGGCAAGUCACCUCCUCGAAAUUUCUUACUAGAAUCUUUAUUGAUCUUCAAUAAUUUUUUCUUUAAAUUCCUCUUAAAAUAUUAAAUAGUGACAUGUUUCCACUGAAAUAACGCAGUGAAAUAAUUCAAAAAAAGGGGGGAAAUUAAUAAGCUCACCUCCCUGCUUUAGUCUCCUUCUGUAUCAUAACAUUUUCGGCCUGGCCUGCAUGUAUGUUUUGUGAAACGAAGAGUUUCAGGCUGCGUGAGCCUUCUAUUAUUUUCUCCUUAUUUACAAGGAAUCACAGUACAGUUUCUCUACAGUUUUGUUUCCUACUUACCUACACAGUAAAUCAGAGACUCCCUCAGGGACAAUAGGAAUAGCUCUAACUCAAAUAAAUACAGCCUUCAAAUUAAUUCCGAGACAUUCUCUUGGUGACUUCUAUUUUUAUUUUUUUUUACAUCAAAUUGUAUUCUGUCCCUUUAAAAUUAUCUUUAGAUUCUCUUCCUAGGGUAAAAUACGGGCAAUAUAGCAUAGUACUUACACAUGUGGUCUGUGAUGUCAGAAUGCUUAAGUGUAAUUCCUUACACCACCUUUAGUAGCUGUGUGACUUAGGACAAGUUACAUAACCUCUCUGUGCUUUGGGCAUCCUUAUCUAUAAAAGGGAUUACAGUACUUACUUUCUGGAUGGUGUUAGGAGAUUAAAUGAAAUAAUACAACAAAAACACUCAAUACAGUGCCCAACAAGUUAGAAACAGUGUUAACUAUUACUGUUAUCAUUGUUCGCAUCUCAUAGUGUCUAUAUGAACAGAAACAUGCCCAUUUAACAAAGAAACAAAAGUGAGUUGAACUCUGCCUGUGUGACAAGUGCUAAAUACAAAAGAGCAACCAAGACAGGAUCUCUGCUCCAGAAGAAUGGUGAAGAAGAUAAAUUUAGGAAAGGUAAAUUACAAUAUGACAUGACAGAUUGUCUAAUAACAGUAGAAACCAACAGCUGUGGGGCUUAGUGAUGACAGUGAGUAACGGUGCCUCAGGAAAACGUCAGGUCUGAAACAGAUCUUAAAAAAUGAGUAAUAAGCAUUUGCGAGUCAGAGUGGCAGCGUUAGAGUGGGUGUUCCAAGUCAAGGGAGCAGUAUGUGCAAAAAUGAAAAUAAUACUCCACCCAGCUGACAAACAUGUUCCAUGGGGAGAUAGUAGGAUAUCACAAUUUUCUUCCCAUUUUCCAAAAUGUCAUAUCUGAGUAGUUCAAGCCAGAGCGUUUGGUCAUCAGCCAAGCACUUUGCAAACUGUUUUGGUUCUAGUGACUCAUCACCAUCAUAGACUAAUCAACUACUAUGACUCAUUUCAACCCUCUUGGAACUUUAUCUCUUAAAAGCAUAUCUCUCUGCAUGAAACACAGCUUUCAAGUGAGAGACUAAAUACUCUUGUUAAGGACUACACUGGACAGUCACUAAGGAUAACUGUCACACUACACUUUGCGCUCUGACAUUGAUUUCUGUACUGCCAGGGGAUUUGUCAAGGAGCAAGAAAUUGACAUUGAGCCUAAACAAAAGUUAAGGAUGAAAAAAGUCCAAAUGAGGCAAGGAGUUUCAUAUUGCUACCCUUUGAUGGGGACCCAACAUGGUACUUUAAAGCAAAUACUGCAAUGGCACAGUUUAAAAGUCAAAAGACUCACAAAUAAUUAACACAGUUCUGUCUAUGAUUUCAUAGAGUCAGAAGGGAUAGAGAAUUUGAGGAAAGCCUGUUCCUCUAAACUAUCUCUUUUGUUUGAUCGUUUAAAAUCAGACUUGGGGCACUUGGGUGGCUCAGUCAGUUAAGCAUCCGACUCUUGGUUUUGGUUCAGGUCAUGAUCUCACGGUUCUUGAGUUCAAUCCCUGCAUCAGACUCUCUGCUGACAGAGCAAGGCCUGCUUGGAAUUCUCUCUUUCCCUUUCUCUCUGUCCCUCCCCUGCUUGGU